GUCGGAACUUUAGUCAGUGCCAGCAUUUCAGACCGUUACGACAGCUUAGCGAGCGUGUUCUUCCGAACUCCCAGCCCCGAGCAGCCUCGUGUUCCGGAAGAAAGUUUCUACACUGCCGAUAAGGGAAAAGCUAAUCAAGAGUGAAACGCGCCUGGUUCUGGUUCCACCAUUUAGUGAAAGUGUGUAUUCUUUAGUCGUGAGCAAUCGCCGCAACAGUAUCAUUAGUACAAAUAUCUUCCGUUUUUGCGAAGAAGUACCUGAUAGAAGAACGUUACUAAGUUAGUAAAGAGAAGAAAAAAACUAAGUAAAUAUCACAAAAUGUCAGCAUCACCGAUUGCACGCCAAGCCGCGAUGACCAUUCCGUCCCGGAAGGUCCUCAUCCAUGACGCCUCCGACCUGCCAGAUCUGUACUCGUCCACCCCCGGAGGAACCCUCUACUCGACCACUCCAGGAGGCACCCGCAUCGUCUACGAACGGGCCUUCCUGAUGAAUCUGAAGAACUCGCCGCUCGCGCGCACGCCGCCGACCAACCUGAACAAUCUACCUCACAACAUCCUGCGGAACAGCCCGACCGCAAACCGCCAGCAGCAGCAUGUUCCGCAGGCUAAAAAGCAACCGAACGCGCAGCCCAAGUUCGACGAGCACCAGGAACAGUUCGACAUGGACCUGUAGAAGGGGCGGGCCCUUCUUCUUUAUUUUUAUUUUUUCGUUGAAUUAAUUUCAUGUGUUAAAUGCUAAGGUUAUCGUUCGCGAAAGAUAUAAACUUUAUAAGUUUAUCCUACUGUAUCGUUUGUAAGUUAUGUAAAUUUAAAAAGAAGCUGCUUUGCAACAACCACAUACAACAACAACUGCAAAUCUGACCACCCCCUUGGGAAGCAAAAAGGGAACAUCCAGUGCGAAGACUGCGUAAUUCAAAUUUGAGUUCAUUUUCCAAUAAAUCACCAACAUUUUACUGUAAAAUUAUGUUAACCUUUCUUCAACCAGACCAUCAGAAAAGUCGAAAAUCUUGUUUUCUUGUGAUAACAAUGGGAUGCCCCGAACGGCGUCCACUUUUAAUAUUAGCUUUUUUUCAUUUUUUUUGUUCAAGAGCAAAUCAAUGAUGUGUUCUGUGAGGACACCUAACCGAUUAAGUAUCAAGAAAAAAUACAACUCUACCUAGAUUGUAGGCGUGAAAAGAAGAGCAAUGUUUGACGUAGUGACACUUUUUCUCGUAAAAAUUAAAUUUUCUUUUCUAAAAAAAAGUUUGUAACCCCAUAGGGAAUAUUUUCGCCUGUAUUGAACUACACCGUUUUUGGACACCACCCUAACUAGCAGCGUUGGAUAGAGAUGAUAAACGGAGCGGUAAGCCCUCCAGUGUUUGUAAUGUAAUUCAGUCAGUUUGUAAAAGCACGAUGCAAUGAUAUUUUAAUGUUAAU